AUGCCGGCACUAGUGUUGCUAAUAUUGUCGACGUGUUUGACGGCUACUACCGUCACGACUGGCCAGAGGUCGUCACCGUUUGACCGGCCAUUUGACACAUCGCUCAAUCAUCGGACAAAUAAUGUCAUACGUAUUGGCGCAUUGUUUGCUGAGGACGAAAAAGACGGUCCAUCAGAGUUGGCCUUCAAGUAUGCCGUCUAUCGUAUUAAUAAAGACAGGACACUGUUAGCCAAUAUAACGUUAAUCUAUGAUAUCCAAUACGUGCCCCGUGAGGACAGCUUUCAUGCAGCCAAAAAAGCCUGUCAUCAAGUGAGUGGUGGCGUAAAUGCCAUUUUUGGUCCACAGGACCCCCUACUGGGCGGUCAUAUUCAAAGUUUAUGCGACGCUCUCGACAUACCCCACAUCGAGGCCCGCAUUGAUCUCGAAUCGGACGCCAAAGAGUUUUCCAUAAAUCUAUAUCCGAGUCCUACGCUUAUUGGCGAUGCGCUCCGGGAUCUCAUUACUUAUCUUAAUUGGACAAAAAUUGCAGUCAUCUAUGAGGACGAUUUGUCCCUAAUAAAACUACAACAACUGGUACGGCCGCCACUGUCCAAAUCGGUAACAUUUAUCUUCCGUAAGAGCAAUCCGAGCACAUUUCGGGAAAUCCUAAAAGAUGUCCGCACUCGGGGUAUAUACAGUAUAAUCAUAGACACGAGGCCCGAAAGUUUACCAUCACUGCUAUCAGCUAUAUUGCAGAUACAGAUGAAUAAUUAUAAAUAUCAUUAUCAUUUCAUAACGUUUGAUAUUGAAACAUUUAAUUUAGAUAAUUUUAAAUAUAAUUUUGUAAAUAUGACGGCCUAUCGGAUGGUCGAUGUCGACAAUCCUCAGGUAAAGACCAUAUUGAGAGAUAUGGAAAAAUUUCAGCCAAUGGGUCAGCACAUACUCAACAAAACUAAUGUGAUAAAUAUUGAACCUGCGCUCAUGUAUGACUCGGUGUUUGCCCUGGCCCGCGGCCUCCAGGCACUGGAACGUGGAGCCACGCUCAGGCCGGUCAACGUGUCGUGCGAUGCCGAAACACCCUGGAUAGACGGAAGCUCACUAUUCAACUAUGUUAACUCGGCCGAAUUUCGCGGACUGACCGGUAAGAUACAGUUCAAAGAGGGCCGCAGGAGUACAAUGAAGUUGGACUUACUUAAGCUCAGAAAAGACAAACUGGAAAAGGUGGGCGAGUGGACGACCACCAACCAGUUGAACAUAACGGCGCCGGAAGCUUUCCACGAGUUCGGUACCACCAAUAUUACGCUGCGGGUGACCACCAUUGAGUCCGUGCCUUAUGUUAUGCGAAAAUUUUCGUCGUCCGCCGCCGUUUCGUCGCGCAAUUCGUCAAUCUUGUCGUCCACAUCGUCAGCCAAGUCGGCCAUAAAUAUCGGUGGUCUCAACAACGAAAACGACGAGUUCGAGGGCUUCUGUAUUGAUCUAUUGCAGGCCAUCGCCGAUAUGCUUGGCUUCAACUAUGAACUAUAUCUGGUUCCCGACGGCAAGUUUGGCGCCGAAAAUCAGACAACAAAAGAGUGGAACGGUUUGGUCCGCGAAAUCAUCGAUAAGAAUGCCGACCUGGCCGUGGCCUCAAUGACCAUCAACUUUGCCCGGGAAACGGUCAUACAUUUUACAAAGCCAUACAUGAAUCUGGGAAUCGGUAUACUAUUCAAACUGCCCUCAACAAUGCCAACCAGACUGUUCUCGUUUAUGAGUCCACUGGAUGUCGACAUCUGGUUGUACGUAAUGGCUGCCUAUAUUGUGGUCAGCAUAACCAUGUUUAUUGUCGCCCGUUUCAGUCCAUACGAGUGGCGUAACCCGCAUCCAUGUGUUAUGGACAGUGAUAUUAUGGAGAAUCAAUUCUCAAUGGCCAAUAGCUUUUGGUUCACAAUUGUAACGCUUAUGCAUCAGGGAUGUGAUCUGAAUCCGAAAGCCACUUCCACACGUAUUAUUGGUGCCAUUUGGUGGUUCUUUACGCUCAUCCUAAUCAGCUCCUAUACGGCCAAUUUGGCCGCCUUUUUGACAGUCGAGCGUAUGAUUACGCCAAUUGAAUCGGUAGAGGACUUGGCCUCCCAGAGCAAGAUAACAUACGGUACACUGGAAAGUGGGUCGACAAUGACUUUUUUUCGCGACUCACAAAUUGAGACCUACUCUCGGAUGUGGAGGUUUAUGGAGAACAGACAGGGAGUGUUUGUCAAGUCGUACGAAGAGGGCGUCCAGAGGGUAGUCGAUGGUAACUAUGCCUUCCUAAUGGAAAGUACAAUGUUAGACUUUAUGGUUCAACGAAAUUGUAAUUUAACACAAAUUGGCGGUCUAUUGGACAGUAAGGGYUACGGUAUUGCCACACCUAUAGGUUCUCCCUGGAGGGACAAGAUAUCGUUGGCUAUAUUGCAUCUCCAGGAAAAAGGAGUCAUUCGUAUGCUUUACGACCGGUGGUGGAAACGGCCGGGUAUUACCUGUUCCCGGGACGACAAAAGCAAAGAGGGUAAGGCUAAUGCCCUGGGCGUUGAUAACAUUGGCGGCGUAUUUGUGGUGCUGUUGGGCGGACUGGCCGUUGCCAUUGUCACCGCUAUUAUCGAGUUUUGUGUCAACUCAAGAAAGAAUGCACAAAACCAAAGGCAAUCGCUUUGCUCGGAGAUGGCCGAAGAACUACGUUUUGCUGUCAAGUGUCGGGCACCGCGCCAGAGGCCAGCCCUACGCCGGCAGUGUUCAAAAUGUAUACAACCGGUUGGUCCGAACAAUACCUAUGUUCCGUCAUCGGCAGCAGCCAUGGAAAUGUUGCCCCAAGAGAACGGCAUACUGGCUAUGAUUGAAUCGAGAAAGACAUCGUCGCCCCUGCAGUUUGAUUGCGGUGGCGGUGGCGGUGGUGGUGAAUGCCAUCAUCAUCAGCCAUCCCAACAACACAACUCCCAGCACCGACAUCAGUCACACCAUCAGCAGCCAUCACAUCAUCAACAAUCCAAUUACCAGCCGUCACAUCUACAGCCUCUUCAUCAUCAGUCGUCCUGUCAUUAUAGACACCAUUCACCCCAUUCUUAG